AACCGAAAGAUCUUUGUAUAUAUUAGAAUUUAUACAAUUUAAUAGGAUUUAAACUAAAAAUUAUCGAUUUUUUAUGUGUAUGUAUUGAAUGUAAUCAACAUUUAUCAAGCUUGGUACACUGUUCACAUAAAAUAAAUUGGCCGAGUCUAUUGAUACGGGUACUGGACAAAUAAUUUAUUAUUAUUCGUACAGAAGUCGGACGAAUAAUUUUAUUUAGGCUGUUGCUAUUCGUCCGGCAACUGGACGAAUGAAUUUAAUUAGUCGUCCGAUUAUCGGAUUAGAGAGAAAAAAAACAUCAUUUAACUGUUCUAACAUAACCUAACCAAUUUUUAUAAAUCAUAGUGAUAGAGAUUUGGUCCAUCUUUAUAGUGCUACUAAUCUUAUUACAAUACACAAUUUUCUAGAAAAUAACGAAAUAAAAUUACAACCUCUGAACGGGUAAACACAUAAAUAAAACACAGAUCAUACAUUUGAAUAGGUAAUUAAGAAAUCAGACAAAUGUGUUAUGAUAAGUUUUUUAAUACAUAAAAAAGGAAUCAUAAAAUUAAAAAAAAAACUCUUUCCGACUGAGCUAAUCAUUAUAAUUCAUGAAAUAAGUAAAUAAAAAUGUUGAAAAAGUUUUACAUUUUAAUUUAAAAAAAAAUGAAUAAAUGUACAAAUAAAUAUAAUUUAUUCAUCCAGUACCCGUACAAAUAGUCACUUCAAAAUAAAUUUUAAAUGUGAACAUUUUCCAAUGCUGUACAAUAGAGUUUUGCUUUCGUUUCGCUAAUUGGCUUGCAAUAUAAAUGUAAAGGCAUUGAUAAGCAGUUGUGUCAAGUGUUUAUGAAAUUAUUAGAAAAUGGAUCUACCGUUAAGAAAAUCAAGGGCUAUGACAAAUAGGCAGGUCAGUCUACUCUUGUCAUUAAUUCAGUCAUUUCCUAUACUUUUAAGUAAAGACGUAACUGCAGUGACAAAUAACCUGAAAGAUCAAGCAUGGGACUCGGUAACACAAAUAUUCAAUGAGAAAAAAAUGGGAACACCAAAACAAAAAGAGCAGCUUAAAAUGAAAUGGGAUAAUUUGAAAAAAGCUGCUAAGAAAAAAGCUCUACAAAUUAGCAUGGCUAGUUCUAAGCCUAAUAAGACAUCUGAUGAAAGUAAUGUACCUUCGAACAAUAUUCUUGAUGUUGUUAUGAACUUGCUUGGCUUGAAUAGUGAUGAAUUUGAUGAUCCAUUACAUAGUCUCCCUCAUACUGAUGCUGAUAUGGACCUAAAUAAUUCAGAGGAAAGCAAUGAUAUUUCUGAUCAGCCCACUGUAAUUGUAAAUGAUUCAGAUGAUUUUGAGAGAAACACCACUUCAGCCAAAAAAAGAAGACAUUCAGUCGAUAAUAGAAAUUCAAAUAACGAGGCAGCAGUGUUUGCACAGUCUAUGCCAUCAAUGUCAGAUUCACGAAAUAAACGCAAAGGUCGACAUAAGAAAAAAGUGAAAAGAAACGACGGAACAUUGGAUCGUAACCUCGCCAUAGCCAAAUUUUACCAGAAGAAAACUGAAAAAUUAGACAUCGAAAUAAAGUUACUGAAACUUGAAUUAGCGAAGAAAAAACGAGGACUAUAGAAUGUUUUAUGUAUAGAUUUUAGGGUUCAAUAUAUUAUGAGUUUCUUUGAGAAUUCUCUUGCCAUA